AUGGAUGGAUUCUUUGGAGGAUAGGGUAAGAUAGUCUUCUUCAUACUAUUUAUCAAUAAGUUUCCUGAUUGUGAGAAUUCAAUAAUCUCUCUUUCAACAAUGAAUUAGUUUCAGAAAUUCAUACCAGAGAUCCAAUCAUUUUUGAAUCUGUGUGCAUUCUAAAAUUCUUUCAAAUACGAAUGGUCAAACUCAAUGCUGAGAUCAAUUUAUUAAGAUUGGAAUAUAUUGUUUCUAGUUUACUUACAAUCUGAGAAAACUUAAUCAUGUUGA